ACUAGCGUGUGGGUCCGGACCUCGGAGAGGGUACAUCAGGGUGUGGGUCCGGACCUCGGAGAGGAUACAGCAGCGUGUGGGUCCGGGCCUCGGAGAGGACCAUCGCGUGUGGGCGGACCUCGGAGAGGAUACAGCAGCGUGUGGGUCCGGACCUCGGAGAGGAUACAGCAGCGUGUGGGUCCGGACCUCGGCGAGGAUACAGCAGCGUGCGGGUCCGGACCUCGGAGAGGAUACAGCAGCGUGCGGGCCCGGAUCUCGAAGAGGAUACAGCAGCGUGUGGGUCCGGACCUCGGAGAGGAUACAGCAGCGUAUGGGUCACGACCUCGGAGAGGAUACAGCAGCGUGCGUACCCGGACCUCGGAGAGGAUACAGCAGCGUGCGGGCCCGGACCUAGGAGAGGAUACAGCAGCGUGUGGGUCCGGACCUCGGAGAGGAUACAGCAGCGUGCGUGCCCGGACCUCGGAGACGAUACAGCAGCGUGUGGGUCCGGACCUCGGAGAGGAUACAGCAGCGUGCGGGCCCGGACCUCGGAGAGGAUACAGCAACGUGCGGGCCCGGACCUCGGAGAGUAUAUAUCAGGGUGUGGGUCCAGACCUCGGAGAGGAUACAGCAGCGUGCGGGUCCGGACCUCGGAGAGGAUACAGCAGGGUGAAGUUAAAUCUCUACAUUAUACUGACGACGGGUAACCCAGGGCUGUCUCUACCCAUCUACAUUAAACUGACGACGGGUAAACUAGAGGUGUCUCUACCCAGCUACAUUAUACUGACGACGGGUAAACCAGAGGUGUCUCUACCCAGUUACAUUAUACUGACGACGGGUAACCCAGGGCUGUCUCUACCCAACUACAUUAAACUGACGACGGGUAAACCAGAGGUGUCUCUACCCAGUAUCAUUAUACUGACGACGGGUAAACCAGAGGUGUCUCUCCCCAGCUACAUUAUACUGACGACGGGUAACCCAGAGGUGUCUCUACCCAGCUACAUUAUAAUGACGACGGGUAAACCAGAGGUGUCUCUACCCAGCUGCAUUAUACUGACGACGGGUAACCCAGGGCUGUCUCUACCCAACUACAUUAAACUGACGACGGGUAAACCAGAGGUGUCUCUACCAAGCUACAUUAUACUGACGACGGGUAAACCAGGGCUGUCUCUACCCAGCUCCAUUAUACUGACGACGGGUAAACCAGAGGUGUCUCUCCCCAGCUACAUUAUACUGACGACGGGUAACCCAGAGGUGUCUCUACCCAGCUACAUUAUAAUGACGACGGGUAAACCAGAGGUGUCUCUACCCAGCUGCAUUAUACUGACGACGGGUAACCCAGGGCUGUCUCUACCCAGCUACAUUAAACUGACGACGGGUAACCCAGGGCUGUCUCUACCCAGCUACAUUAAACUGACGACGGGUAACCCAGGGCUGUCUCUACCCAUCUACAUUAAACUGACGACGGGUAAACCAGAGGUGUCUCUACCCAGUUACAUUAUACUGACGACGGGUAAACCAGAGGUGUCUCUCCCCAGCUACAUUAUACUGACGACGGGUAACCCAGAGGUGUCUCUACCCAGCUACAUUAUAAUGACGACGGGUAAACCAGAGGUGUCUCUACCCAGUAUCAUUAUACUGACGACGGGUAAACCAGAGGUGUCUCUCCCCAGCUACAUUAUACUGACGACGGGUAACCCAGAGGUGUCUCUACCCAGCUACAUUAUAAUGACGACGGGUAAACCAGAGGUGUCUCUACCCAGUAUCAUUAUACUGACGACGGGUAAACCAGAGGUGUCUCUCCCCAGCUACAUUAUACUGACGACGGGUAACCCAGAGGUGUCUCUACCCAGCUACAUUAUAAUGACGACGGGUAAACCAGAGGUGUCUCUACCCAGUUACAUUAUACUGACGACGGGGAAACCAGAGGUGUCUCUACCCAGCUACAUUAUAUUGACGACGGGUAAACCAGAGGUGUCUCUACCCAGCUGCAUUAUACUGACGACGGGUAAACCAGAGGUGUCUCUACCCAGCAACAUUAUACUGACGACGGGUAAACCAGGGCUGUCUCUACCCAGCUCCAUUAUACUGACGACGGGUAAACCAGAGGUGUCUCUAGCCAGUAACAUUAUACUGACGACGGGUAAACCAGAGGCGUCUCUACCCAGUAACAUUAUACUGACGACGGGUAAACCAGAGGUGUCCAAGGAGACGCUGCCUAAAGAUUGGGGUCCUAAAUAUUCACAGUGGGGGCAGCAGACCAUUCUUGUUAUAUCACUGUCCUCUACGCGUACCAGAAUCCUAGGGAGUUUUAUAAUCCGAGACGUUGACAAAGAUACCGAGGACACUGACAAGGACACUGACGAGGACAAUACGAACUGGGACAAUAACAGACCCGUAUGUUAA